AUGGAGAAGCCUUUCGAUGGAGAUACGAGCGGCACCGGAGUCCCUAUCAACAAUGCCACAGUGACGGACAUGGAGAGGAGCGGCCACACGUCAGAGGCUUCGUCUUACAUUGAGUCGACGGAGGACUUGGUGGAUGCCACGAAGCUUUCACCGAUGCGCAAGCUGCACAUUGUAGUCGCCGGUUUUACAUGCACUUUCAACGGCAACCUCGGUUCAUCGAUGCCUUCGGGCGCCCUUGACGCCAUCAGCGAGCAGUUCGACGUCUCUAACCGCGUCCACCUCAUCCUGCUCAACUCGCUCUUCAUGUGCGGCUACGUCCUUGGCCCUUUGCUGUUCGGCCCCUUAAGCGAGUACAUCGGCAGACGACCGGUGCUGAUCGGGACCUACCUGGGCUAUUUUGUCUUCAUGCUCGCCUGUUCCGGAGCACCCAACUACCCAGCGCUGCUUGUGUUCCGUCUGCUUUCUGGGAUUAACGCAGCUGCCCCGACGACCGUUAUCGGCGGCCUCUACGCCGACAUCCUCGACGACCCGGCCGUCAGGGGAAACGCGAUGGCCGUAUACAUGACCGUCACCACGGUGGGACCCCUCAUCGGGCCAAUCGUGUCUGGUUUCUCGUCGCCGGUAUCCUGGCGCUGGCCCUUCUGGAUUGCCGGCAUCAUCGCCGCCUGCGGCUUGCCCCUCGUUCUCACGUUGCCCGAGACGUACGCCCCCGUUCUUCACAACAAGGCUGCGAAGAGGCAGAUGAAGAGGAACAAAGGUGCGGAGGGCAAGCAACAACAGCAACAGCAGCAGGAGCAGGAGCAGCAGCAGCAACUCGAACUGAAGCCCUUCGAAGUCCGCAAAAUCUUCCUGCGGCCCAUGAAGCUCCUGUUCACUGAACCGAUUCUCCUGUUCACUUCUGCGUACCUCACGCUCGCCUACGCUGUCUUCUACCUCCUGUUCCAAGCGUACCCGGUCAUCUUUCAAGGGUUCUACGGCCUGUCACCGGGAAUGGCCGGGCUUGCAUUCCUGCCAGUGGUCGUCGGAGUCGCCCUAGCUCUCGUCAACUUCUGGACAUGGACCUGGUACCAUGAUCGCGAAACCAAGGCCGGCGCAAAGUGGACUCAGAACCCCAUUAACCGCAGGCUGCCUCUUGCAUGCAUGGCCGCUCCCCUAAUGGUAAUCGCCCUUUUCUGGCUCGGAUGGACUGUAUGGCCGUCGACAUCUCCCGUCGUCUCCAUGCUGAGUGGAAUCCUCUUCGGAUGGGGGUUCAAUAUGCUCUUCAUGGGCAUGAUCAACUACUUGACAGACGUCUUCCGGCAGUACUCUGCGUCGGCGCACGCAGCCGCCAGUAUGACGCGCUCCAUCGGUGCCAUCCUACUGCCUCUUGCUGCGGACAGCAUGUACGCCGACUUGGGAGUCCACUGGGCGCCUUCGCUGCUGGGGUUCGUCGCCUUGGCGAUGGGCACGAUUCCGUUCAUUUUCAUCCGGUUCGGGGAUCGCCUCUCGAGGAGUAGCAAGACGGCGCGAGAGGCUUUCGCUAUUAAGGACUGA